CUCGUAGUACACAGUUAUCAAUAAUUUCUGCAUGUGUAUUGUUAGCUUUGCACGCAGUUGAAAUCAUUAACUUUAACCAAUGCGCACGUGUCGGUUACGACCGGUCCUGAAGUCUUGCGAUUAUUUGUUAAUAAGUUAUGACUUACAAACGUAAAAAGUACCACUACGGUGACACUCAUUUGAAGAAGAAGUGGCGCACGAAGAGGAGGACGAAGGAUCUUGAUCAGAUUGACGAAGAUUUAAAAGAAGAGAACGCUGAGAAACUACUCAAACAGCAGGUUGACACUGACAAACCUGGAAAAGCUCAAUUUUACUGUCUUCAUUGCGCGCGCUACUUCAUUAAUGACCAAGCAUUAAAUGAGCACUUCAGGACUAAAGUUCACAAGCGACGCAUGAAGGCCCUUGAAUUGGAACCAUACACCAUUGAAGAAUCAGAAAAAGCAGGAGGCUUAGGUAAUUAUACAGCUCCUCAAAAACGCAAGAUCGAAACUCAGAAGCCUAUUACAGAGGAUUGCAAGCGUGCCAAACUUGAAGAUGAUGAAAUGUCUGACGAAGCUUGAAUUUUGAAAUUCUGGUACAAUGUUUUCCCAAUCUGCAAGGCUUUUGCCUGUAGCGCGAAGUGUGCAGUACACUGCUGCAGAGAAAUGCAGAAGAGGAUGCACAUCAUCAUUAUA